AUUGCUGAUCUGCAACUCCAUAAACUGGAUGAAUUGGACUGUUUGAUCCAGGGCCUCCUUUAUGUUGAUUCUGUUGGUUUCAAUGGCCAACCAGAGUGCUAUUAUUUUGAAAAUCCUACAGAUCCUGAACAGUGCCAGAAGAAGCCUUACUGCCUUGAUAAUCCAUAUCCUAUCCUGCUGGUUAACAUAGGCUCAGGGGUCAGCAUCCUAGCUGUGUAUUCUAAGGACAACUAUAAGAGAGUCACAGGAUCCAGUCUUGGAGGAGGAACAUUCCUGGGUCUGUGCUGUCUGCUGACUGGCUGUGAGACGUUUGAAGAAGCACUAGAAAUGGCUGCGAAAGGAGACAGCACCAAUGUGGAUAAGCUGGUGAAAGAUAUUUAUGGAGGAGACUAUGAGCGGUUUGGCCUUCAAGGAUCUGCUGUAGCCUCAAGCUUUGGUCAUAUGAUGAGUAAAGAAAAGAGAGAUUCCAUCAGUAAAGAGGACUUGGCCAGAGCUACUUUGGUCACCAUCACCAACAACAUAGGUUCUAUUGCUCGCAUGUGUGCAUUGAAUGAGAACAUUGACAAGGUGAUAUUUGUUGGCAACUUUCUCAGAAUUAAUAUGAUAUCUAUGAAGGUGCUAGCAUAUGCUAUGGAUUAUUGGUCCAAGGGACAGCUGAAAGCUCUGUUUUUGGAACAUGAGGGUUAUUUUGGAGCUGUUGGGGCUCUUCUAGAAUUGCUUAAAAUGACAGAUGAUCAGUGAUGAAGCUGUCUGAAGAGAUUCCUACUGCAGAUGCUGCUGGAUGAGUGAAAGCCACUACAAGGAUGGAAACGAAGCCAUUAUGGUAGUUCUACCUGCUGGAUUUGUAAAUAAUUUAAAAUCCUUUUAGCUGAUCUUUAACUUCUGGGUUUUGAGCUUAUACUUCAGAAUUCAUACUGGGAAUAACGAGAUUUUUUUUUUUUCUGUACACUGUAUUUUUUAAGGGAAAAAUGUGCAAAGUGGCCAAACAUACAGAUUUUAUGGAUUUAUUUUAAAAAGUGGAUACUGUUUAAUAUAGGACCUGUGAUAUGAGGCAUCUGCUUUUCUUCUGGGGUUUACUGAUUAGUGUGGUAAUUUUAACUUCAUUUAGUAAUCACUCUAGGAGAUUUUUUUUAUCCUAUUUUCAUGACGUUUCAUGAUUUGUUCUUGGUUUCAAAUGAAACUACAAAGCUGAUGCAUUUUACUGUGAAAACUAGUCAUUGCUUUUUUUUUUCCUUCUUCUUUCCUCAUUAGGUGAGACACUCUUUAUUUCACAUCCCCCCCAAAAAAUAAAU